CAACAACUACACCAACAAUAUGGAUAACACAUCUUCAAGCAGCACCGCCGAUACGGCCAACAGUAGCAGCGGCAGCAGCAGCAGCAAGAGCAACAGCAACAACUCAGAUGCCAAUUUAUCUUUCAGUUUUGUACGGGGCUCCGAUCCGCGUGCGGCCACAUGCCGUGGAAAAUUACAGAAUCGUCGCUGCAAAUUGAAUCAGGAAAUCAAUAAGGAGCUGCGACUGCGCGCAGGCGCUGAAAACCUAUUUAAAGCCACCACAAAUCGCAAGCUGCGCGACACAGUUGCCCUCGAGCUGAGCUUUGUCAAUUCCAAUUUACAGUUGCUGAAAGAACAAUUGGCUGAGUUAAAUUCUUCGGUUGAAAUCUAUCAGAGUGAUAGCCAUGAAAAUUUCAUGCCAAUGAUACCGCUUGGCUUGAAGGAAACAAAAGAGAUCAGUUUUAUGGAACCCUUCUCCGAUUUAAUUUUGGAACAUUAUAGCGAGGAGCCAUCGCUAUACUUGGAUGCCAUCGCCGACAUCACAGACACCAGACAGGCUUCCAGAACACCAUCACGCGAUGCACAAGGCGUUGCACUUCUCUUCCGUUACUACAAUUUACUGUACUAUGUUGAGCGGAGAUUCUUUCCGCCAGAUCGGAAUUUGGGCGUUUACUUUGAGUGGUACGAUUCGUUAACUGGUGUACCCUCCUGUCAGCGCACCAUUGCCUUCGAGAAGGCCUGCACGCUUUUCAAUUUGGGCGCCAUUUACACACAAAUCGGUGCACGCCAUGAUCGCACCACCGAGAAGGGUUUGGAUGCGGCUGUGGACAGUUUUCUGCGCGCCGCCGGCAUUUUCCGACACAUCUACGACACAUUCACCAAUGCGCCCUCUAUGGAUCUGAAACCGCAGGUGCUCGACGUGCUCGUCUCGCUGAUGUUGUCACAGGCACGCGAGUGUCUCUUCGAGAAGUUGCAGCUGCAAAUCGAGGCGCUCGGUCUCACCGAGUCCAGUCAUCUCUUCAAAGACUUGGCAGGUGAGGCAGCGCAGCUGACGCUCGAAUACAAUGAAAUGCACAAAAAUAUACAGAUGAAUGACACACACACAUACUUGCCGGAGUGCUGGGCUGGGCUGGUGCCGCUCAAAGCGGAGUUCUAUAAAGCUCUAGCCCACCAUUACGAGGCGUGCAGCGUUGACAUGGCCGCCGAUAAGUCGUCACUAAGCACCAAGAAGAGUCAGGCCACCUCACAUGGCGGCACCGCCAACGAGUCAUUUAUCGGUAAUGCGCGGGAGGCGUUACGCGCCGCCGCCGCUGCCAUUGAAGAGAGCGAGGAGGAUGCGGCGAGCGCGACGGCGCUGAAACGCGCCCAUCUCAAGGAGGCGCUGGCUAGUCAUGAAGAAACGCAACGCCUGCAGCGCAUGUGCCGUUUCUUGAAGAACAAACUAAGUCUGACGCAGGUUCUUAAAGAAGCCCACUACAAAACACAAGACGAAUAUGAGAAAUUUUUGGAAGAAGCGCCACAGAAUGACAUACAAGACGAUUUUCACGUGAUAGAUGCUGUAACAGAAGCCUGUUCGAAAUUCACACUCUCCCUAACCGGCCCCGAUUUCACAUCAUACAAAGUGGAGGACCCCUUCAAGCGCCUUGGACCGAUAGCGAUUUUCUCGGCACGUCGUCACUGGACUGCGCCACGCUGUGUGCGUCUGCAGAAAGGCUCGUCCAUCUAUCAUGAGAGCGCGCACGCACACUAUCGCUGUCAUUGUCCAACGCCGAAUGAGGGCCAUGAAGUUGGCUGCAGUCAAUACAAAGAGGAUGUGGAGAGUUUUGGUUUUCAUGUGCGUGGCGAUGCGCCGGUCAUAAUAGCGCAUGUCGAAAUCAAUUCGUUAGCUGAUUUGGGCGGCAUUAAAGAGGGUGAUUUCAUAGUGGAAAUUGCCGGUAUCGAUGUGAAAUGGUAUUCACACCAACAGGUAGUGCGCCUAAUACAAUCCUGUGGCAGUACGCUGGAGCUGAAAGUCAUUACGCCAAUGGAUAGGAAUUAUCUGAAGCCACUUUCGUCUAAAGGCUCCAUAUCCACGCUCUCUGCUGCCAGCUCAUCCGGCGUUUCGUCCGGUUCAUCAAGUCCAACGGGCACCACAACAAAACCAAAACCACGUUUCAAGACCACAUCGCCGAAGAGUCGUCUCGGCAGUCUGUCAUCGAGUUCAUGGAAUCCCUUCAGACGCACGCCGAGCUUAGCGAAGAUCUUCUGAAGCACAACAAAAGCAAGCAGCAAAUAAAAAAACUCCAUUGGUGGCCAUUUUGUGCGUUUGGCGUGAAAUCCUUCCGCAUUCACAUACAAUAUUCAUUUAACUAAAUAGACAAUAUAUUAUUAUUAUGUUUUUUACUAUA